UAUAACCGAGGGGACUUUAAAACGUAAACGCACGUACCACGACUGGGGGUGCAUAUAGAUUUUUGACUCACGUCUGGUCCGUCGAGCGUCGUUACGUACUCCAUCCGUGGUUACUCAAAGACCAGCGGUGGUUUGUUCCCAAUUCCGCCAAACUGCUCGGAAUACCGAAUAGGAAGAUGGCCGAUAAGUCUUCAGAAGUUUGUGUGUUACCAGUUUUCCAUUUAACUGGAUAUGACAAGAGACAGUUACCCCAAAUCCUUGAUGCUGUGGAAAAGAAACUUCAUUGUCGUCUCGUGGAAGAUCUUCCUUUGCCCUUUGAUGAAGAUAUCAUCUUCCUUGUGGGAGAGUCUGAGCUGUGUGAUGCUGCCAUCCCAGUCAAAACUCCAUCGCAGCUGCUUUUGGAAGUAUUUCAGCGUCUCAAGCCGAGGGUCCCAGGCUGCAAAACGAUUCUCUCAGCAGAGUCACAACUGGUCGUCAUGCAGCUGUGCCUCGCAGAACACAGCAAAGAGAAAUAUGGUGUUUACGAAGCUGAUGUCAGUCAGGUAUCUCGAGCAACCAGUGAGCUCAACGAGCACAAACUUACCCAAUGUGAUGGGGAUUCACCAGCAGGUCGAUGCCAAAACUCGCCAGCAGAAAUCUCAGCAAGUUUGUCACCGUCUCGGGCCGUGGGACGCCGUUACAAAGCUUUCUUGUCAAGCUGCGGCAUGCUGGACAUACCAGAUAUCUAUCAGCAAGUCCAGACGUUGUUGCACGAGAACAGAAGUGUAGCCAAGUUGUUCAGGGCCACGACCAGGUUAAUCGUGCUACAGUGGCCAUCCCAACUCAUGGAGAGAAAAAUCUUGAAGUUGUUGUGUGGUGGGGCAUCCCCGACUGAAAUUUCAGUGGAUAUGCUUUGGGCAUCGUUAGGGGCCAUCGGCGAUGGGGAGUCCAGGCCAGAGGUUUGUGACAGAGAUUGGGAGAUGGUACAAAACUUGAGCAAAGACAAGUGUUGCCCAGCGUCAACCCCAAAGCCUCCAAAAUCACCUGUUUCAUCCACCGAAGUUCUGGUGCAGCAUGUCUUCCUGUCAUUCCUUGGCCUCCUUGUCAAUUCUCGGGAUGAGAUUGCCCUGGCCAGAUGUCUCAGCUACUCACCGUCAGGUCUCGACCACAAAGGAUUCACAGCCUUGAAGAAUGCUGCCAAGAUGAAAAACAUGUCCAUGUAUCAGACAGCUGUGUCGUACAUUACUCGGUUGAGGCUUGGUGGUCGCAGCUAUGCACCAGGUUCUGACAUGUCAUCUCUGGCUGAUCACGUUAAGAGUCUCGGUGAAUUUGUAACCAAUGUCCAGAAACUACAGGUGUUGGUAGAGGAAGUCCCAAACACAAGGCAGUGCAUUACAAAGGUACUACUUUUGAUCAAAAACAUCCUUUGCAAGUGUCGGGACACCGUCUUCAAGCAAGCAGCUGUGGAAAAGGUCUGCCAGAAAUUACUGACCAAAUUUGACACUCUGCUGACGGUUUUUGAUCGAAGAAGUACAAGUAGCCCUCCCAAGGCUGUUAAUCAAGGAGGAAGUGUCUUGGGCCGUAAGACACUCAAAGUCAUCCUGGCAUUCCUUGAUCAGGAGGCUACAAGCCCCGCCCACCAUAAUGCAGUAGACGUGCUGAGCGAAUGCACCUUGACACAGACAACCCCCGUCCAAGUGCCGUCUUUUCUGGCACGGUUCAGAUCUCCCGAGGUUGUGAACCCCAAAUCUCCUGAGCACCAAGCACUGAAAGAGAGACUCAUGGCCCCAAAAGAGCAGGAGACCAAACAAGUCAAGAUCUUUGGCUACAAGUCCGUCAUGGCAUGGGCAGAGCCAGACCGAAGAAACCCCCUCCAAGAGCAAAACCUGAACACUGACUGGAACAUUCCAAGCCAGGCCAACAACCAGCCAAUCAAGCUGUGGGCUGAAACACCACCAGAAAAGCACAACCGGGCGAGAGUUUUCACGCACGAGUUUGAGUCACCAGUAGGGAGCCCGCCCAGCCAAUUGUUAACUAGGCCACACCAAAGGCAGGGCAUGAUUGAUGGCACCCCAAAGCGACCUAAAGGGCGUGUCUCGAAAAUGGCAGAUGCCAUGAUGGACAAGGAGAACCUACUAGCAUACCCUAGGGAAGGGGGAAAGGCACAGGGGGCGGGGAUAAAAAAGAAGGGGACAGAGGUCAAGAGAAGGGUCAAACGGGUACUGAUGGAGGACACCGGCAAUAGCCAGCCAAGCAAGAAAGUCAAGAAGGGUGUGGCAAGUCAGAAGAAACAGGUGGCACUCGUUAAGGGGCAGAAGACACUGAAUCAGUUCUUUAGACUGUGACCGAAUUCUUCCUGAACUGUUGUUAAUUCUGUCUGCCCAGUGGAUUAGUGCUUGCAGAUUUUUUAAAUUGGAGUUGAGACCACAGUGGACUUGGUCGACCUAACUCUCAUUCCAACCUCAUUAUUGGUGAUAAUUCAGUUUUAAGAAUCUGGAUUCUAAUUUUGGCAAUGUACACAUUCUUUUACUGUUUUCUUUUACAUUUUAUUGUACAAAAUGCAGUCAACUAUUAAAACAUGUUGGAUAAUAAGACGCAGUACACUGAGCCAUUAUUUUUGGAGAAUCAGGAUUUUGUGUGAAACAUAUGUCGGACACCAAGUACAGACGUUAACUAAAAACAAAAUGUCUGAAUAGAACACAAUUUCCAAUCUUGGAACAAAGAAUUCUGGGGUUCACUCUUUUUCUCUCUUUUUCGAUGUGUAAGAUGAGGGAUAGGUACAAGAGUUUUCUAAGAAAUUAAAAUGCUUCAGUGGUUACGACUUCAAACUACAGACUCGGAGGUCCUGAAUUCAAACCCCAACAAGUUCCUAUUUUCUAAAUUCAAGUACAUCUUUUUUGAUCUGUAAGAUAUUUAUAUAUAUGGUCCAAACAUGAAUGAGUAAGAACAUCAAGUGGUCCAGUGGUUUGGACUCGUAACUAGAUUGAGAGGUCCUGGGUUCAAAUCCCAACAAGUUCUUAUUUCCUUACAAUUUUUAAGCUCCACACCUUUCAAUCUGUAAGAUAAGUAUAUGGUCCGAGCAUAUAUUAAUAAGAAAAUCAAGUGGUCCAGUGGUUAAGACUCUGAACUCUGGACUGAGAGGUCCUGGGUUCAAAUUCCAGCCAGUUCCUUUUUCAUAACAUUUUUAAGAUCCACACCUUUCAAUCUGUAAGAUAAGUAUAUGGUCCGAGCAUAUAUUAAUAAGAAAAUCAAGUGGUCCAGUGGUUAGGACUCUGAUCUCUGGACUGAGAGGUCCUGGGUUCAAAUCCCAACCAGUUCCUUUUUCAUAACAUUUUUAAGAUCCACACCUUUCAAUCUGUAAGAUAAGUAUAUGGUCCGAGCAUACAUUAAUAAGAAAAUCAAGUGGUCCAGUGGUUAGGACUCUGAACUCUGGACUGAGAGGUCCUGGGUUCAAAUCCCAACCAGUUCCUUUUUCAUACAAUUUUUAAGAUCCAUACCUUUCAAUCUUAAAGAUAAAUAUAUGGUCCGAGCAUAUGUUACUAAGAAAAUCAAGUGGUCCAGUGGUUAGGACUCUGAACUCUGGACUGAGAGGUCCUGAGUUCAAAUCCCAGUGAAGUAGGGGCUUUUCUUUUACUCAGUCUUAAAUAAAAAAAAUUAAAAGCAAAACUCUUUUUCACGCUAGCUUGUUUAGCUAGCUUGUUACCCUGCUGGGGAUUGAACCUGCUUCUGGAGGGUUCUCGUCCCACCAGGGUGGUUCCACCAGGCAGCAAGCUAACCUGUUGAGCCACUUGGGUCCCCCAACUACAAGUGUUCGUUUCUUAUAUAUAAAGAUUAGAUUCAUACUUAGGAAAACUGUUCUUGAACCAGAACACACAAACCAAGAAUAUAAACUGGAAGCUGCAGGGUUUCCAUGCAAUACAUAAUUGUUUAUCAGCACUGAAAGCUCAAGGAAUACCUUGAAGAUAAUCAAACAAAGGCUUUAGUA